UUUAGCUAUGUUGCCCAGAGGGGUCUCGAACUCCUGAGCUGAAGCAAUCUGCCUCCCUCGGCCUCCCAAAGUGCUGAGAAUACAGGCGUGAGCCACCGCGCCCGGCCUCAAGCUCUAAACUGCAGCAAUAAUCACUGGUAGUUCCUUUGCACUCAGUUUCCUAAACUUGAAAUCCCAUCCUUCCCGGGCAUCCUUGCCCAGAUUCCUAACCUUUGAACACAACGUAGGAGUGACUUCCUUUUGCAAGCCUUCCACAAGCCUUCCGGGUCUGGUUCUGCAACACCCUGCAUAUAUCUCUGUCAUAGCACUCAGGCACUGCAUUGUAUUUAUUUGCUUACAGGGCUAUCUUUCCCAGUUUUUUUUUUUCUUCUCCAUAGAACCACAAAGUUGGAUAAGCUGAGUUUCUUGAGGACAAAUUCAGUAACUUGUAAAUAUUUGAAUCUCCAAGAGUUGUAGAGUACCAAACUGUGGAGCUCAGGAAAUUUCAGAUGAACUAAACUGAAUAGUCAGGUGGGAUGCUAGAUGGAUGGGUCAGGAAAAAGAAUUUUCUUUUCUCUCACAAAGUGCUGGGAUUACAGGCGUGAGCCACCGCGCCCGGCCAGGAAAUAUAAUUUCUUUUUUUUUUUUUUUUUUUUUUGAGACGGAGUCUCAUUCUGUCGUCCAGGCUGGAGUGCAGUGGUGCAAACUCGGCUCAAAGCAACCUCCGCAUGCACGUUCAAGCAAUUCUCCUGCCUCAGCCUCCUGAAUAGCUGGAAUUACAGGCGACCGCCACCACGCCUGGCUAAUUUUUGUAUUUUUAGUAGAGACGGGGUUUCACCAUAUUUGCCAGGCUGGUCUCGAACUCCUGACCUUGUGUUCCGCCCGCCUCGGCCUCCCAAAGUGCUGAGAUUACAGGCGUGAGCCACCGCGCCUGGCCAGGAAAGAUGAUUUCCAAGUACGAAAUGUUGUAGAUUGGGAGGACCUCAGUAGCUUGGGAGAAGUGCACAGUGGUGAGUUACAGCAUGGCAAUUAAGUCAUAAAACUAUGAAGUCAAGGUUAACAAUAACGCGUGCUGGCAAAACUGACAAGGGGCGGAACAAGGGGUAGCGGGUCUCCAGGACCUGGCAUUAGGACGUGCGUGUUGGGGGGCAGGUAUUUGGAGCCAGACCCCACUUUCGAGUUGUCUUUCCGCAGGAACCAGACCGCGGACGGGGCCAGGAACCAAGAACCGUUAGGGAGAUAAGGGAGGUGCUAUAGCCCACAUUCAUCCUCUACGGCCACAAGGCCAGAGGGGGCCAGGCUGCCUCCUAACAGCAUCAGCUUUUUCUUCGGCUUCAUUUCCCUCUGGAAAGCGCUUUCUCACAGACGCUACAAAGACCGAAGGGGCAGCCCCUGCCCUGCUACCCUCCAAGGAGCCACCACUCUAGAGCCCAGGCUCCUCUGGACGUCAUGUGACUUGGAGGACGACUUGCCUUUCUUCUGAAACACGGCUACAGACUAUAAAUUAAAAACACGGGGCUUAGCUGCCCCUCAAUAACGACGCAGCCGUCGUUAUUGACGACGUUAUUUACCCUCUCCCAGCCGGCCCGCCGCAAGAAUUCCACUCCCUCCCCGGAAAACGCGGCCGAAAGGGGCGGGCUUUCCGCCUGGACCAGGCGCUUCCGCCACCAUGGCUUCACGUGGGGUUGUUGGCAUUUUCUUCCUCUCUGCUGUCCCCCUUGUGUGUCUGGAGCUGCGGCGUGGGAUCCCGGAUAUAGGAAUCAAGGAUUUUCUUUUGCUUUGUGGCCGAAUUUUCUUACUGCUUGCUCUUCUUACUUUAAUUAUUUCUGUGACUACCUCAUGGCUUAACUCAUUUAAAUCUUCCCAAGUUUAUCUGAAGGAAGAAGAAAAGAAUGAGAAAAGACAAAAACUUGUGAGAAAAAAACAACAAGAAGCACAAGGAGAGAAGGGUGAUGAAGGUACAAGUCAGACAUCUUUGGAAAUACCAAACAGAGAAGCAGCAAAGAGCCAGAACUUGCUUAAACCUUUAAUUGAAUUUCCAUCUCCUGCUGAACAGCCCACGUGCAAGGAGAUUCCUGAUUCACCUGAAGAACCUUCUCAAACAGCAGAAGAAGUAGUUACUGUUGCUCUCCGAUGUCCCAGUGGGAAUGUCCUGAGGAGAAGGUUUUUGAAGUCCCACAGCUCACAGGUCUUAUUUGACUGGAUGACAAGAAUUGGGUACCACACAUCUCUAUACAGCCUUUCUACUUCCUUUCCCAGACGGCCUCUGGCAGUGGAGGGAGGCCAGUCGCUGGAGGACAUAGGAAUAACUGUGGACACUGUACUCAUCCUGGAGGAGAAGGAGCAGACCAACUAGGAAGGAAGGGAGAGCUCCCUGUUUGCAUGAAGUCACUUAUGCCAUGACCUUCUGGCACAAUAAAGGCUUCACUUUCAGAUCACACCAUACCUUGAUUGAGCUCGUGGCAGUAAACUUCGAACAUUGAUAUCCAUGGGACUAGGAUUAGAAAAGGAUUGCUUUCUGCACAUAAUAAUCUGUGGACUGUGCCAUUUUACAAUGUAACAAAUGAGAAUGAGGUAGAAAUGUAUGCAGUAAGGCACUCAGUAAUUGGUAUUUUUUUCCCAGCUGACGUGAUUUCUCAGUGUUAGAAAACAAACCCGUAGAACUUUGCUUUCUGCCUCUUCAGUCCAUCUUACCACACAAUAUUUCGUGAUUCAAAUUCUUCAAAGUCUUAUAAGCAGGAAUCUUUAUUCUGCUGUAUUUCUGUGCAAUUAAAAACUUGGAAGAAGCGUCAAAGCUCUUGGAGGCUUUAAAGUUCUUUCUGUUGGGUAUGCAUUACAGUUUACUUAACUGAUGUUUGUGAUUUAUAUAAUUUUCCCUUGUAUUAAAUGUUACAAAGUUCCAAAUGAAUCAGUAUUUUAAAAAAUAAAACUAUGAAAGCAUUAAAAUAUAGGUGAAUUUUUAAAGCUGUAUCUGAUCAUUUCCCCCUCCUGCUUAUAAGCCUAUAAUGAUAAAGUCAUGCACUGUAACACUAAGUUCAGACUCCAAGUGUGGUUAUAAAAGGCUUUUAACUUUGUUCUACUCAC